CUCUGGAACAGGGCGGGGAGACAGUCGCCGAUCGACUUUACAAUAUAGACGUGUAUUUUCGUUGAAACCAUCGUUUCGUGACUCGGACGCGGGUGUUGUUGCGAAAUUAUCCAGUGUUUCAGUGUAAUAUAUGCUGUUUGUGUUAUUAUUAGUGAAAAAUGGUGAUUAUGUGGUGAAAAACGUGAAAGGACUAUAGGGUAACAAUGUCUAGUAGUUGACAUGUUUAUCUGUGUCGUGUGUGAAGAUUUUCCCUUCGCGUGAGGAGGUGUACGCGUGUGUGCGCUCUGGCGCUGUGUAUGUGUGUGUGUGUGCUGACACGAGUCGCGAGGAUCCAAUGAUGGAUUGCAUUUCCAUGGAUGUAUAGGAUGUGAAACCCAACGUCCGUCCAUCAAUGUCGGUAACAUUGACCUGACCACUGCGGACAAUGCGGUCACAGACUUCAAAACCUUUACCUAAGAGAGGAGCUUUGAGCAAAACAACUUUCAAGGCCAGCUCCACGCAAAAACAAAUAAAGAAAAAAGUAUCCCCGAAAAAAGUUAAAACUGUUACAAGUAAAACUUCAGCUAAAGCUUCUAAAAAGACUUCUCCAAGAGAAUGCAAAAAUGAUGGCAACAGCAGUAAAAAUGAUAGCGAAUCUAGUGCGAGUGAAAAGAGUGACUCGCUGUCCGACAGCCCCAAGGUUAACUCGUCGAAAUCAAACUCUGCUCGUAAUGAUUCACCAUCCAAAAAAUCCAAGAAAGAACUUAAACAGAAAGAAGAACCGCUUAAAAGUUCAACUGAUAAGAAACCCAAGCCAGCAAAGAAAUCUGUCAAACCCACGAAAAUAAAACAUGCGAAAGUUGCUAAAUGUAUCGACAAUGAUAACGAUGAUAUAAAGUACAAAAUUAAUUUAGACAUUGUUAAGACAAAAGUUCCAAAAUUUUCUAAAGCAAAAACUCUUAUUAAAAAAGGCCCAAUCGGUAAACAGAAAAAAAAGAAUGUGGAAAUUUUAAAACUAGAAUUUCCUAAAGACGAUCAAGGCAAGGAAAUUAAAUCCGAGAAAUAUGACACAAAAAAGGAAAAUGAUGAGGACAAGAAAGGGGUUGAUAUUAAAGAAGAAAUUACAUUACCAUCAGAAGACGACAAAAAUGACACUAAGUUGGAACAAAAAGUUGGUAGUACUAUUGUCCCUGGCAUUGAUACUGGUUCGUCACCAAAAAUAACAUCACCUUCUUUACCUGAUACGCCUAAAUCUGAAACUGAACGACCACCAAAGUUUUUUACUUCCUCUAGAUCACCGAGAACUGUUGACAUUGAUGUAAAAUGUUGCAAAAAUUCAAAAGGAAAUUUAAGUGUAUCAGAAAGAUUUUUAUCUAUGAAAUUAGAAACAAAGACAGAAGAAAGCAACAAAGAUAAAAGUGUCAGUAACACUCUCAUAUCUCAAGGCCCUGAUAUUGAUGUUUAUACGUUUACAGAAAAAGUAGAUUCACCAAAAAGCAUUUUAUGUGACUUUCGUAGUCCCAUUAACAAAAACGUAGGAAGGGUGAGACCUAUAGCGAGAGUCAAGGGUACGAUCAUUGAUAAAAAGACAGAUACUGAAAGGAAGAAAUAUUCUCCACAUAGACCUAUAGAAGAAGUAGUGAAGCAACUUAAAGCAAAUAAACGAUCAGAAGAAAUCACUUCUGACGAUAAUUUAUUAACAUUGACAUCAUCUUCUCCGAGCAGUGCUACAGUAAAUGAAGAAAAAGGCUCAGAUGAAAUACCAAAACCCAUAGUGAGCAAAUCAUAUAAAAUGGUAGCAAGAAAAUCUAGUAUAACUGGGAAACCAUUUAGUCCUACCAAAUUCUUAGAGCAGGAACAUUCUCCGAGUAAAAAUGAGAAAACAGAUAAGAUAAAAUCUCCUGGGAAAAAAUCGCCUGGUAAAACGAAAAAACCACAGAAGAAGAAUACUUUAUCGGAUGAAGAAAUUGAUACUUCUAAAUUUGCCAUAAAUAUGAAAACAUCACACUAUACUUCUUCUGACGAAAGUGUAAGCGAAUCAAAUGAUGAUAAUGACACCAAAGAAUCCUCGGAAUCAGACACUCCUAAGUCCAAGAAAACCAAAAGUAAGAAAUAUAAGAAAACUUCAGAUUCUAAGACAUCUAAAGAACUUAAAGAACUUUCAAAAGAUUCUCAUGGUGGCAUUCGAGAACAAACAAUGUUAGCAGGGGAAAAACCUAGUAAGAGAAGACUGAAACUUCUGUCCAUGUGGUCAGGCCCUAAAAAGCAUAGGAUGGCAUCGCUUAACGCUAUUGCAAAAGUGCACUGUCUAUAUGAGAAUGAAAGUCGAACACAUAUGGAAUUGGGAUUGAUGAAAACUGUUGACAGACCCAUUUUACCAAGUACAUCAAAAGCUACUGUUAUUAAAAAGAAAGAACCAAAAUCGAAAGAUAUUGAAAAACAGGAAAGUACAUCGGAGUCUGAAUAUGAAAAUAGAAAAGAUAAAAAAGACGAAAGCUCUGAGAGUUCUGAUGACAGUCCACCGCAGAGAUCACUUCGAGGCGUUCCGGGCAUUAGAAGCGCUGGCAAAUAUUGGGAUCCAAAAUCAUCAACUUCAUCAAGUGAAGAUAGUGAAAUGGAAACCAAAAAGAAAGUCGUCGAUAAAAAGAAAACAACGGUAAAAUCUACGACAAAAUCGUCGGAUUCCGAAAAACCUCCUGCUAAAAUGAAAAAGACGGCAGGUGUACCAGUUAAAAAGAAACGAAACAGAAAUGAAGUGGUCAUGGAUUUAAAAGAUAUGGUGGUUCAAAAGCGAAUGGCCAGCUUGAACGCAACAGCUAUACUGGCUGCAAGUUAUGAAAAACGGUCUCCUAAAUCGAAUAAAGAUGAAACAACUUCAGAUUCAUGCAGUGAUGAAUCUUUUUCUCAGAAGCCAAAAAACGGGGUAACUUCCGGCGUUAAGUCGGAAGCAAAACUAGAAGAACCAAAAAAGGAAGUUGAUGAGCAAGUGGCUGAUCGGAAGCAGAAAGUUGAAGUGAUAGUCAAUCAGGAUACUGACGUCACAAUCACUGGAGUGUAUUCGACUCAUCACGAGGGUUUUUGCACUGCCAUGCAGUACCGCAUCUCCUCGACGAGUCACACACAGACUACUGCAACGGCAAACUGUGAAAAGGAGGGCUGUUCUCGUGAGGAUGGGGCUCGAUACACCCCGCUUUCGGCGCUGUCGUCAAUGCAGCCUCCAGCAGAGCACUCUCAUUCUCAUCCGCAUCCAGUGGCCGAGCUGAGACGUGCGGCGGGGUGCAGUAGUGCCUUCUCGGCGCCUUCGCCCUCGGCACAUCAUGAACCAGGAUACUACCAGCCAGCCGGGCCGCUCAUCAAGGAAAGCGGCGCAGACGCAGAGCGCGCCCUUGCGCGGUACCACCCGCCGCCACACUAUCACGCGCCGCAUCCACCAGUCCUACAACAAUACGGCGGCUACUACCCAGCGGAGCUAUGCUACGGCCGCUACUACAGACCGCCCGGGCCCUACCACAUGCCGCCUCCACAACCUGAUGCCCAGAUGGUGGGUGUCGGCAGCGAGCCAUAUCCCCCACCGCAGUAUUUCGGCACCCCACCGUGCUACCAGCAUUCGCCGCAGAGGAUACCUUACGUGGAAUACCGACCAUGUCCAUGCCCUUUGAACACGUGUCCAAAAAACGUCCUUAUUGGGCCCGCUACUGGUAAAGCCCCUACCGGUGGCGGCCCGGCGGACGUUCCCUCCGCGCCAGCGCCGCCCGGGGGCGCCUUCCGAGCGAAGGUGCGGGCGUGCGCGCUCGACGUGCCCGAUACGCACGGCAGCGGCAAGGAUCCGCCGCUAGAGCCGGAACCACCGGCCGCAGCGGACGCACCGCGACCGUGUCUGCUGCCGGCCAUCGGCGGCGCGUCGCCAAAGCGUGAACUCUACGAGGCCCGGGACAAACGACGCUGCGAUAUGCCCGGACCCGCUGAAGCUCUAGGGCCUCCUUCGCCGGCCCGAGGCUCUGCUGGAGUAUGCGCGCCUCAACCACCACCCGUAGCUCCGCGCCGCGCCAGACUUGGAAAAGAAAUGGCGCGUCGAUCUCUCGCCGGCGAUGACACGGCUGGCCUACUGCUAACUGCGCCUCAACCCUCAGCACACAACAGUGACGCAGACGAUGACGUGCUAGAAGUAUCACCAGUUGUUUGCGCGCCUAUUGACCUAUCCUCCUCGGACGAAAGGUCAACACCUCUAGUCGACAUCAAAAAAGAAAACGAGGGUCCCACCAACGCUUUAUCGCGGAAACCCGACGCGCAGGCUCUGAGAGAACACAACUGCACAGCGGUUUUAGAGACGCAAGAAGUCGCAGAUUCUGCCAAAGCCGUGAAACGGAGAUAUUCCAGACCUAAAUUAGAGAUUGAUAUGAAAGACACCCAAUUGGAAGAUAGUUGUAAAACCAACGGCAUUGGAGAGCACGUGAAAUUGCAAAAGCGGAGGAAAGUGUCCGGAGAACAAACUGAUAUUCGGCCGGAAACAACCGAACCCAAAAAGCAAACCAAGGAAACUAAAAAGAGAGCAUCACCAAUUAAAAGGACAACCAAAACACCGCCAUCUGAAAAGAAAACAUUAAAACGAAAGUUGGAAAGUACAGCAAAUGGUCCACGGGCUAAGAAAGUACUCUUGGAACAGGAAGAAGAUCCUAGGCUGAAGAAUGUGGCGGCCAUGGCGGAUGAACCGGUACAUAUGAAACCGAAAACGAAAAGUGCAUUACUUCUUGACAACUUAAUAAGAAAAAACAGUAUAGACAGAGCUGAUUCAAAAGGGUACGCGUCGGAUACUGAACUCAAUCCUGCUGAAUUGUUCCUAACACCAAAUGAAAAUCUGACGCAGACUUGUGCGAAGAAAACAUUGAAUAUCAACAAUAAUGUUGUUGAAAAUGCUACCUCGAAUGGCGUUCGACCGAAUACGAUUGCGGCCGUGAGUCAACUUUUAGGAAAGAAAUUAGCAUACAAGAAUGCGUGCAAAGUAGAAAAUAUCGAUUCAAAGAUAACACACAAUUCAAAAUCAGUAUUAAAGUCAUCCACCUCAAACACAAGCUUAAAGGAUGAUAAGAAAGCAAGUGUGUGCUCGAGUGAUGAGAAAUCAAGUGGAAAAAUUACUACGGAUGCGGUCGUUUCAUCCGUGCAUAGUGAUAGUGUUAAAGACGCAAAUAGUGAUAGUAUUAUAAUCGAUAAUGUUGUCGCAGACAAAGUAAAGGCAAAAUCCAAAUCGAAGAGACCUGAUACACCCGAAAUGGUAGAGGUCAUAGACAACCGAACGGUCGAGAGUAUAGAGAGGCGAGACAGCGAUGUAAAAGAGGACGAAGAGAAGCCUGUGGAGAAGAUAGAGCGACAGAAGCGUUGCAAACUGAGCGGGGAGCAGAAGAGUAAGAAUGUGGAGAAGGUGGUGAAGUUGCUAGUGUCGAAGCGGCCGGCGAUAAAGACGGACGAUGCUGUGUUGGUGGCGGAGGACGCGUGUGCGAGCCCGUGCCCCGUGACGGGCGGCGGGCGGCGGGCGCGGCGCCGGCGACACAGCGUGGCGGCGCGCCGCAGCCGCCGGCCCGCGCUGCCGCCCGCGCCGCUCGCGCUGGCGCCGCGCCCGCCGCCGCGGUGGAGCAACGGCUGGAGCUUCGACGGAGAACACUAUGUGUCUAAGGUCUACCUCAAUAACGACUCCCGCCUGGACCGCACGGCGCGCUGCUGGCCGCGCAUGACGCACGCGAGCGGCGACAGCGUGGCGCGCGGCGACUGCGUGCUGCUGCGGGCCUCGCUGGCGCGGGCGCAGCCUUUCGUGGCCAGGGUCGCUAGUCUGUGGGAGAACCCUGAUGAUGGAGAAAUGAUGGUAUCGCUGGUAUGGUACUACCGGCCGGAGCACACAGAGCACGGAAGACAGCCGGCAGACGCGCCUGAUGAAGUGUUCGCGUCUCGGCACCGCGACGCCAACUCUGUGGCCUGCAUUGAAGAUAAAUGCUACGUGCUGCGAUACAAUGAGUACUGCCGUUACAGGAAACGGCUAAAAGCAACUGAAGAAGGCAUCCGGGUGGCGCCCUCUAUCGUCCCGCCGAUGCCGGCCAGCGAAAUGAGUCCCGCGCUGGAGCCCAACGACACCAAGCUGCCCGCUACCGUCUCCCCGGAACUGGUCCUCUUCUGCCGCAAAGUCUAUGACUUCCGAUCCAAAAAGAUCUACGUCCCAAACAAGUGAAUCGAGAAACAAAUAAUCUGGAUAAAAUGCUCGAACAACUUUCACAGACUCAAACGCCGAUUGAGUGAACACCAAGUUCGACCGUCAUCCUCGGCAGAGUCUGUUUAAUAAGCCGUAGUGUCACCCAACCCCUUAUUAGUACAAAGUUCCCGGGUAUAAAACGUAGUGUGUGACCGGUGGCCAUUUGAUGUAAAAACUAUAUCGUAUUUGUGUCUAGUGAUCGCCGAUUGAACUGUUACGUUGCUUGUGUCGUGAUUCAUAGUAGAUAUUUUUUUCUUGUAAAGAUUAAAACUGAUUUGCUGAUUUCGAUGAUGAAUAAUUUGUAUCAAAGGAUGCCUUUUAUAAUGUGUAAGUAGGUUAAGGGAAUCAUGUCGGUGGUGAUGCAUAAUGACUUAUGUAAAGCAAUAUGUAUACUUGAUACACUUGCUGCGUACAGCUACAUCAUAGUUCUCACUUGUACGAGUAGAGCGUCGAGAAUGCGUCCGCUGCGGUUGGAUGACUGGUAUGAUUUAUUUAACAAUUAAGUUUCUAUUUGGCUACGUGAAAAGGCAUUUAUAAUUACAAUUAUUUUUAAUUGUUACAUUGUUAUCAAAGUAGAGUCUAUAUUAAAUUAUUCUUUUAUUACAUAAGAGUAUUAAAUUAUACAAACAGCGUCAUGUCGUUCAGUGGUAUUUCGACUCUUCAUUGAAUCGAAGAUAAAAAUUAUUUAGGCGUAAAAUUUAUUUAAUCAUGGAUUGUAAUGUUUUAAUUUGUAUUUUUUUAAUUGAUUUCCUUUGCAUCACAAGUGUGAAUCUUUUGAUAAAAAUAAAUAAUUGUUAGUAAUCGCAGGCUUUUCAUGGCUUCCCAAACCUGUAGAGACCCUGUCUACAUUUAGGUAACGCGCUUAGUACCUAUGCAUUCGGUCAAUAUAUCAACGGUAGGUUUUUGAACGUUUAUAUGUAUUUAAUAUAUGUAUCAUAAUGUUGAUGAUAAUAAACUUUACACCCUGCCUUCGAAGGAAUUGAUUUAUUGCAUUUCGGCCUGUACUGUAAAAUUUAAAAUCGAUGCAUACGAUCGUUGUCUCAGUACUUUUUCGGAAAGACUGAUUUUGCGAAGGUGGAUUUUGAGUUAAAUUUUCUGUGCCCAGUCAAUUUUAAACAAAAACAAUUUUCUUUGAUGUAAGUGAUUCAAUAGCACUUAUUGAAAAAUAACAAAGGGAACAUUGUAACAUAUUUUAAAUAUAAUUAGUGCAUAGAAAUUAAAGAAACACUUUGGUGUUGGAUGAAAAGAGAUAUAUUGUAUGACUCUAAUAGUGAAAUCUCUUUAUCAUUGAAUCAUAAUUUUAAGUAGCGCGAAAAAUAAAAUAAAGAAUAUAUUAAAAGUUAUUUUUCGUGUGGAAAAUAAAGGGCAUUUAUACGUUUGCAAUUAGUGUAUCCUUCUGUAGAACUGCCUUCACUAUUGUAUUUAUUACAAUGUAUCUCUACAUUUCGAUGUCUUUUAUUUGACUAAUAUUUUAUUGUAUUAUACUUCUUUUUGUGUUAAGCAUUCAUGAUGCUAUUGUUAUCUUACCAGUGAGAUAAAUAAAAAUUGUCGCAUUCAUUUCAACUUACUCUGAAGAUCUAAUGAGUCAAGUUUGACAACGAUCUUUCUAAACCAUGAAUAAAAAUAGUUAGAAGUAUUACCAUGUAGAACCUUACGUGGCCUAAACCAACUCUUUCAAUGAAGACCUGGCGCCCUGAUACGCCUAAGGGCUAUUGAUACAUUCAUACAUCGGUAUAUCACGUCGUUAUACCGGGGUAGACAUAUCGAACAGUCUUGAUAUGACUGAAAGAUCUAGUUUAGAUGGCUACCAAUAAUAACGAAGAUUGCCCUUUUAAAUUACUUAGGGUUUUGUGCCAAGUAGUUACCUAUGAUAUUACAGCAGAUGGUAGGUAAACUUCUAAAAAUAAAAUCUACUCAACAUCACAAUCUCACUGGUCGUCUAUUCCAAAGCUUAAGUUUCUUGUCUAAACUUCUGUUCCAUUGCUUGAUGCCAAAAAAAAUUAGCAGCAAAAAGAUUCUAUUUAGGUAUUCUGUAACUGUGUAAAACCAUUUCCCUUCUAUUUAGGUUAUAUGAGUGGCGAUAACCUCUGCACACAGUUGACACACAACUUUAAAAUAUUUGUUAUUAUUUAUGUACUGAUUAGUAUCUAGAAAAAAAGAAUCUCCAUUUAUACAAACUCAUUAUAAGCAUAAGGCUGGAUUUGCUGUUAGGUUCUGUAUACAAAAGUGAAACUCUAUGGGUAUAGAAUGAUGUUACAAACCUACGGUGUAUACGAUUGUAUCUGAAAUAGUAGCAGGUAUAUGUCGCUACCCAAAGACCUUAAUGAGCCUUAACUCAUAAUCUGCUCGGCUACCACGAGUGUCGUUUGGUGUAGGCGCUAGCUACUGUAGUGAAUUUGAAUAAACUUAAGGUUGAAAUUGUUGAAGUCUCAGUUCUCUCAGCAGUCUAAAGACGAAAGUGACACUUGUUGCAGAUGUAUUAAAACUUUAUUGUAUAACAUAAAUCUUUACAACGUUUAUCUCAAUUUAUAAUAAUUACAGAUUUGGGUAUUUUUGUGUAUAUAUUCUUAUCUGUGCAGGUGAGAUCGCCACUCCUACUCAUUAUUAAUUAAUUAGAAUUAACGAGUAAAUUCCAUAAUAAUACUAUUACUAUAAGUGAGCUCCUUGCUUGUAGCUGGAUUGUUUUAAAGAAUGUUACCUGGAUUCCGCAGACGCAACCUUCUUGUAGUCAAUGAUUUUUAGAAAUAGGUUUUACUAAUAAGAAAUAAAAAUACCUUGUUUUUAUUAUUUAUUUUGUUUCAAUUGAAAUUAUAUAGGUAUAUUUUUAUUAUUGUAACCUACAUAGUUAUGUUGGCUGUAAUUGAAUAUUGAUGUAAUUAAUAUAUGUAUUUUUAUUUC